UAUUUGCGUUUUUAUUGAUUUUAAUUUUAAUAUUUAAUAUUUCGGUAAUUGAUUUUUAAAGUUCCUUGAUCAUCUAUAGAUUAUAGAAAGAUUAGGCUAUUAAUUAAGCGAGUUUAAAAUUUGGUGAAUAUAUUUUUAAAUUUAUUAUUCUCUUUAACUUUUCCAGACUUUGAAUUUUUCUUGACAAUCUUCAAAUAAAUCCCUGAUUAUAACAUAAAUGUUAGCAAUUAGGGUUAUUUCUCCAUCAUUUCACAAAUCAUACGUUAAGAUGCCUAUUCGGCGGAUCUAAAGCAAAUUCAAAUACAGAAACCUUGGAUACAUACUUAAAUCGUGAUGAGGGCACGGUUUUUACUGAAAACAACCAUUUACUUUUUAAUCGCAACAAUAACAGGUCCGUUUUUCGAUAACUGGACGACAACAGAGAAGUUUCUAUUCCAAAGUGACGCAUACACAUCAAAAUGUGAUGAAAGUGACAUUGUGGGCCCACCAACUGAUACCUUCAGGUGUGAAAAGCAACAAAUUGCAAUCAGCUCACUGCUGUCAUACGCGAGGAUGUUCGAGUUUGCAUCCUCAGUAACAACUGGGAUUUUCGUAGACUAUUUCGGGCCACGAAUAGUGGCGAUUGGCGGCGUUUUCCUGUGCACGCUGUCAUGGAUCUUCCUGGUCAUGUUCCCGAAGUCGGGAGCAAUGCUGAGGAUCGCAAUGAUAUUGAUAGGCUUGACUUCCAAUGCCACACUGUUCCCAGCCCUGACAAUAGAAAGAUAUACCAAGAAGUACAAACCUCAAGUGAUGAUAUUUGUGGGUUCUUCAUCAUCGUUCACCUGCUUUGUUAUUAAGUUGGUGGAAUUAGCGGCAAGAAAAACACCAAUGUCACCAAAGAUGGUUGGACUCGUAUUCAUAUUCGUCUUUUUGUUGCCGUGCCUGAUUGGUUCUUUUCUGUUCUUCCCAGAUAACUUGAAUGAUGACGCGAAGCGAUAUUUAAAGUACGAAGAAGGGCGGGAAGGAGAUACGGAGGAGUGCUUAGAACCAGAUACUGACGAAUCUGAAGGUUUAAAAUACAAUGAGUUAUCUAAACAGGUGUCAGUAAUUUCACUUGCACAUUCUAGAUCAUAUAGUAGCAAAUCAGGUAGAUCAAGCGGUAAACUGUCAAAAUCAGUUGAAAGUAGAUCAUCUCACUCGAAAUCAGUUGGAAGUAAGGCAUCACAGUCGAAAUCGUGCGAAAUAACAAAGAGGAAUAGUUUUAAUAGCAAUGUUGGUAGUAUAAUGGUAAGCGACGAGAAUAUGAAGGAGAAUAUGGAGACAGAGGAGUUAGCAGAAACCAAGUCAAGAUGGACAUUUAAAGGGUUUUUGCAGGAACUAAAAUCCGUAGAGGUAAUUUUGUCCACACUGUACUUCUCACUAAAUGUGAUUUCAAUCACAUACUCACAACAAUCUUACACAAUCAUUUAUAGCGCAGACUCAUUCCUGCUGCAGUUCGCAGAAUACGUGCUGCCAUUCUCAUUUAUCCCCUGCAUCUUGUUCAUGUUUAUAACUAGGUGCAUUUCACCAUAUACACUGAUAAUGGGAAUUGGAGUAAUCUGGGCCUUGAUGCAACUAUGCUCGAUGUUCUACGAUUACACGGCAGGAAUCUUCAUUGUCAUUUUCUUCAACAUCUGCUACAGUAUAUAUAACACCCAGGUGUAUAUCUACAUCGAGUCGGUAGUUAAUAAGGAUUACUACUCAAGCGUUCUAGGAUUCCUUAACACAAUGGGAGGGUUCAGCCUAUUACUGAAUAUUUUCUUAAUUAGUCCGAUAACAGAUAAGAAUGUCAUCUGGACGAUUAAUCUUACACUGCUAGUACUGAGGGUAUUAUUCCUGUUCGUCUUCACCUUUAUAUUUCUCAGAAAACAUAGAGGGAAGUGGGAAAUUAUCAAGCCUACAACUUCAUAAUAUCAUAUAAUGUG